AUGGAGAAGUCAGCGCAGCCGUACGAGCUGCCAGCUCCAGUGCCUCAGAGACAGCCACGGGGCAGUGUGUUGCGAUCCGUUUCCUACGUUCUCUUCCCUCUUCUUGUCCUUUUUACCAUCCUCAAGCAACCUGUCCUCGACCUUCUCCCCAGCCAACACUCCCACAAUGACAGCUCGAGCUCCCAGUGCGCGCAGGUCGAUCCUCUCUUCCCGUCAGAGAACAAUGGUCGCCUCGAAGACAUGUACGACUACAUCUCCACGUCCGAAUUCAAGACCGACUCAAUCAAGCGGCUCUCUGGAGCCGUACAAAUAGCAACCGAGAGCUACGAUGACCUUGGGCCAGUGGGCGAGGAUCCUAGGUGGGAGACUCGCUAUGCCUUCCACGACUACUUGAAGAAGACCUUCCCACGAGUUCAUGAGCACAUGCAGCUGGAAUUCGUCCAUACAUACGGCUUGAUAUACACAUGGAAGGGCUCGGACGAAGAUCUGAAGCCAGUGCUUCUUAUGGCACAUCAGGAUGUCGUGCCUGUGCCGAACGCUACGGUUGAUGCUUGGACGCACCCGCCAUACAGCGGCUACUAUGACGGCAAGUCAGUCUGGGGUCGAGGGUCUAGCGAUUGCAAGAAUUCGCUGAUCGCCAUCAUGGAGACCAUGGAGCUCUUCAUCGACGCUGGAUACGAGCCAAAGCGUACAGUCGUGCUCUCCUUCGGAUUCGACGAAGAAAUGGGUGGUCGUCAGGGAGCCGGCUACCUUGGGCCGUACUUGCUGAAACGCUAUGGCAAAGAUGGCAUCGCUGGGAUCGUAGACGAAGGCAAUGGCUUUAUGGAAGCGUGGGGAUCCGUGUUUGCUGCACCCGGUACCGGCGAGAAAGGAUACACCGACGUCCACAUCACCAUCCGCAUGCCUGGUGGACACUCGUCCAUUCCCUACGAUCACACCAGCAUUGGCGUUUUGAGCGAGCUGAUCACUAAGAUCGAAGCUGAUCAAUAUCCGACGUACCUAACAGACGAAAAUCCAUAUUUAAAACAACUGCAAUGCGGUGCGGCACACUCAUCAGACUUCCCGAAGAAGAUCAAGAAGUUGCUCGGUCGGCGAGAAUCGCACAGCUGCAGGGCGAAGCCAGACCACCUCGCUCUUGAAGCCGCCAAAGAGAGUCUCGGUAUCAAAUACCUCAUGCAGACGUCGCAGGCGGUAGAUGUCAUUGAGGGCGGUGUCAAGGUCAACGCGCUCCCCGAACGUGUCUCCGUGACAGUCAACCACCGCAUCAACAAUGGUGAUGAGCCGGAGAUGGUUUGGCGGAGACUCACUUCCUUGGCCAAGCCGAUCGCAAAGAAGUACAACCUUACCCUCCACGCUUUCGACGGAACACAAGAGGCAGCGCAAUCGAUCUCGCUCUGGGACUCCCCAACCACGCUGCGGCCUGCACCGAUCACUCCAACCGAUAUCGACAGAACCACACCUUACUCCAUCCUGGCCGGUACGACGCGAGCAGUGUACGGCGAAGACAUCAUUGUCUCGCCGGGCUCGACGACCGGCAACACGGACACAAGAUUUUACUGGCCGCUGACAAAGCACAUCUUCAGAUUUGGACCGGGUUAUGAUCCUAGUGUUGGACCCGGGCUCGGGAAAAUCCAUACUGUUGACGAGCAUAUCAGUAUGGUGAACCAUAUUGGGAUGGUGAAGUGGUUUACGCUAUUUGUGAGGAACAUGGAGGAGGCUGAUCUCGAAGACUGA